CUUUGAUUGUGUAACUAAGAGUGUGAGAGAGCGGAAGCGAGGCUCGGAGGGGAGAGCGAGCGAGCGGACCUGUCCCAUCACAUCCACCAGGAUCCGUCUGGUAGGAGCCGGAGGUAACGCAAGGCAGCACUGACCCCCCCCCCCCCUCAUUACCAUGUGCUCUUAUGGAGUGUCUAAUGCUUGUUACUGAAUGACAUUAAUAUAUAUGGAAAUUUAAAGUAUUCCAUGUUCGCAGGUCUGUUCCAAGAUAUGAAUAUUAAAUGUAACUAUACCUUUCAAGGUAUCAGUGUGACAGUAUAAGGUAUCAGUGUGUGACAGUAUAAGGUAUCAGUGUGUGACAGUAUAAGGUAUCAGUGUGUGACAGUAUAAGGUAUCAGUGUGUGACAGUAUAAGGUAUCAGUGUGUGACAGUGUAAGGUAUCAGUGUGUGACAGUGUAAGGUAUCAGUGUGUGACAGUGUAAGGUAUCAGUGUGUGACAGUAUAAGGUAUCAGUGUGUGACAGUAUAAGGUAUCAGUGUGUGACAGUAUAAGGUAUCAGUGUGUGACAGUAUAAGGUAUCAGUGUGUGACAGUAUAAGGUAUCAGUGUGUGACAGUAUAAGGUAUCAGUGUGUGACAGUAUAAGGUAUCAGAGUGUGACAGUAUAAGGUAUCAGAGUGUGACAGUAUAAGGUAUCAGAGUGUGACAGUAUAAGGUAUCAGUGUGUGACAGUAUAAGGUAUCAGUGUGUGACAGUAUAAGGUAUCAGUGUGUGACAGUAUAAGGUAUCAGUGUGUGACAGUAUAAGGUAUCUGUGUGGCAGUAUAAGGUAUCUGUGUGGCAGUAUAAGGUAUCUGUGUGGCAGUAUAAGGUAUCUGUGUGGCAGUAUAAGGUAUCUGUGUGACAGUAUAGUGUGACAGUAUAAGGAAUCUGUGUGACAGUAUAAGGUAUCUGUGUGACAGUAUAGUGUAACAGUAUAAGGUAUCUGUGUGACAGUAUAGUGUAACAGUAUAAGGUAUCUGUGUGACAGUAUAGUGUAACAGUAUAAGGUAUCAGUGUGACAGGAUAGAGUAACAGUAUAAGGUGUAAGUGUGACGGAAAGCUAAUAAUAAUAUUACAUCAUAACAUUUUCAGAACGAUAAUGUGAUAGUGAACGUAACGCCUUAAAGUAAUACAAUAGUGUUAGGAAUACAAAGCUGUGUCCCCCACUGAUCCACCCACUUCCCAUGCGGCAAAUAAAUGGUUAAAACUUUCUUUAAAUUUUUUUAACACUUGGUUCCAGUGCCGAGGUCCCCAUUCUCUGAAGUCAGCCGACGGGGGAACCUACUCCGCAUGUAAAGUAAAUCACUGCUUUCCUAUGGGGAUUGAGAAGGUGGAUCUCCUGCAAAGUGUGAGGACAUACAGCGCUGUUUCACUGAGUCAAACUCUGUACAAGGCCAGGAAGCUCCUCUAGUGGCUGCAGAGCUAUAAAGACAAGGACAUAGCACCUAGACCACUUUAAUGAGAUGAAGUGGACUGAGUGCCUGUAGUGUCCAUUUAAAUCCCAUCUAAUUUUCUCCUUGGAAUAAAAAAAGAUGCUAAAAUAAUUACAGUGGAACUGUCACUACACACAUCCCUAUGCGUUUAUUUUUCUAAAAUUAUCAGGUUAUUUCCAUGGCACGUCUGACUGUCCAGGACAUGCCACAGGAUUGCUGUAAACACAUGUACUAUUAAGGCAGAUGUCUGAGCAUGACCAGGGAAUUGUGGGGCAACAAUGUUGCGCUGAUUGUGGAAGUGUUGCUUUGGUGUGUGUGUUUUUGGUUUUUUUUUUCUCUCUCUUCUCCAGCACAGUUAAAGGAACACUAUAGUCACCUAAAUUACUUUAGCUAAAUUUAGUGUAUAGAUCAUUCCCCUACAAUUUCACUGCUCAAUUCACUGUCAUUUAGGAGUUAAAUCACUUUGUUUCUGUUUAUGCAGCCCUAGCCACACCUCCCCUGGCUAUGAUUGACAGAGCAUGCAUGAAAAAAAAACUGGUUUCACUUUCAAACAGAUGUAAUUUACCUUAAAUAAUUGUAUCUCAAUCUCUAAAUUGAACUUUAAUCACAUACAGGAGGCUCUUGCAGGGUCUAGCAAGCUAUUAACAUAGGAGGGGAUAAGAAAAUCUUAAUUAAACAGAACUUGCAAUAAAGAAAGCCUAAAUAGGGCUCUCUUUACAGGAAGUGUUUAUGGAAGGCUGUGCAAGUCACAUGUAGGGAGGUGUGACUAGGGUUCAUAAACAAGAGGAUUUAACUCCUAAAUGGCAGAGGAUUGAGCAGUGAGGCUGCAGGGGCAUGUUCUAUACACCAAAGCUACUUCAUUAAGCUAAAGUUUUUCAGGUGACUAUAGUGUCCCUUUAACUGCAGUAAAUACUCCAAUGAGGUUUACUGGCUUGAGGGAAUGAGCGUCUGUCAUUUUCAGAAAAUUGACCGUUCCACAUUAAAGGACCACUAUAGACACUCAGACCACUUUAGCUCAAUGAAGUAGUCUGAGUGCCAAGUCUCCCUAGUUUUAACCCUGCAGCUGAAAACUUAGUUUCAGAGAAACUGCUAUGUUUACAUUGGUGGGUUAAUCCAGCCUCAAGUGGCUGUCUCCCUGACAGCCACUAGAGGCGCUUCCGUGAUUCUCAGUGAGAAAAACACAUUGAACUCAUGUAGUGUGAGUUCAAAUCCCCAUAGGAAAGCUUUGAGUAAUGCUUUCCCAUGGGCAGUAUGACUGCGCACGCACCUGCGCAUUUGGCUCCACUCGGGAGCCAACGUCGGCAGGGGGAGGAGAGGUCACCAGAGUCGAGGGAGCCUGGCGCUGGAUUAAGGUAAGUGGCUAAAGGGGUUUUAACUAGUAUAUUGAAUUCAUAGGGGAGAGAGAAAUGGAGAAGUAUGUGUAUGUGUAUAUAUAUAUAUGUAUGUGUGUAUAUAUAUAUAUAUUAUAUAGAGAGAGAUAAUUGCGCCAGAUUUAUUGAUUACCAUUAAUCUGGUGUACGGUGUUUCAAUUAAUCUUAUGUUCAGGAAUGUAAUAUGGGAAUACAAUACAAUAUUUGCAAAAUAAGGGUGAGUAAUGCAAACUAAAUCUAUCUUGUUUCUUUGUCAGCAUUGAAAUUAUGUAUACUUUCUUGUAUUCUGUUUAGUUUUAUAACUGCUGUCUAGCAUUUUUAUAAUUGUUGUGUUUAUGCUGGCUUCUGAUUUUGGGGCAUGUCAUUCAAUUUCCACAGAAUGCCUGGGGAGGUACCCCCUACAGCAGAACACCCAGAAACAUCGGGUAUGGUAGAUCCAGAAGGCAACCAUGAUGCUGGUGGUUCGACAUCCAACUCUGCACACCCCUCUGUUGGUGCUCACGGGGACAUGGCACCACGAAAAGUUCAGUCUUUGUUUCAGAUCAACCGCCAGGACAUUCAGGCUGUGGACUCAGAGCAGCAAGCAUUGGAAUUGCAGGGCUUGGGACUGGCAGUAUACGACCAGGAGGUGUUAGAAGCUGGAGUACUGCAGCAAGUAGAUAAUGCCAUCAAUGCAGCCAAUCAAGCUGCCCAGCUUGCAGAAGCCGAGAAGGAGCAACAUGAACUCUUGGACGAACUUCGGUGAGAAGAGUUUUGUUUAGAACAAAAAUCACCAAACAUUUAAUUCUUUUGGUUCUUAGGUUUCCUACAGCAUGGUUAAUGGGUUACUCCAACCUAAAACCUGCAUUUUAAUAAAAUACUGUUUUUUUUGGCUGUGAUUACUCGCACAUUCUGAAGAAGUACGGAUGUCGCAGAGACAUGCUGUGCCGCCAUUGGAGGGUUUUAAUGCACAGAAUUGCACCUCUGCCAGCAAAGCUAAUUAACUCUGCAUGUGUAAUGUUUAUUACUGGAACUCUGCACAUACAGACUGCAAGCACUGUGACCACUUCAAAGAACUGAAGUGGUCUUGGUAUUUGGAGAAACCCUUUAUGGAAGAUUAUUAUGAAAUUGUAUAUACAUAUAUUUAUGCAAACAUCUCUGUACUUAGAUGGCUAAAAUGUCCAACUUAGAAAAAAAAAAUCUGUCAGUUGUGCUCUCAAGUUGGCCAAAUAAACUUUGUAAUGUAUUUUAAAUUACUUAUAAUUCACACUUUAAUUUGUAACGCAGAAUGAGGGUGUGUUUCUGUUUAAGUUGGCCGAAAGAAGAGUUGACUUUGCACAUACUGCUUUAAGUCAGGCAUUUAGAGGCAGUUUUCAGUCUCUCCUAAAACAAAAACAAACCCAUAGCCUGUUUGUGGAAAGCCUGUGUAUUUAUACCUGAUAUGUUGUCCAAGACUAGCCAUAGCAUACAGUACCACCCACUAAUAUUGGUACCCUUGGUAAAUAUUCAAAGUCUGUGAAAACUUUUUUAUCUUUUGUUCUACACAAAACUACACAUCAAACAAUUGCAAACACAACAUAGGUUUAUCCAUAAUAAAGAAACACUUUGCUAAAUGUGUUGCACGAUUAUUGGCACCCAUUUAGUCAAUGCUUUGAGCUACCUCUGUGUGCCAAGAUAACAGCUCUGAGUCUUCUCCUGUAAUGCCUGAUGAGGUUGUUACAAGGGUUCUGAGACCAUUCUUCAAAUCUCAAGGUCGAUGCUGGUGGACUCUUCUGUUCACCAUACAGGUUUUCUGUGAGGUUCAGGUUAGAUGACUUGGAUGGCCAAGGCAGGACCUUGAUUUUGUGGAUCUGUAAACCAUUUUUGUACUGAUUCUGAUGUAUGUUUUGGAUCAUUGUCUAGCUGGAAGAUCCAACCAGGGACCAUUUUAAGCUUUCUGGCAGAUGUAGUCAGAUGUUCAUUUAAUAUCUGAUAUUCCCUGUCCAUGAUGCCAUGUAUCCUAACAAAAUGUCCAGGUGCUCUGGCAGAAAACCAGUCCGAAAACAUAAAAGAUAAAACAUUAAAGAGCCACCAUUAUAUUCAACUGUGGGCAUGAAUUAAGUACUUUUCCAUAUGGCUACCUCUUUGUGUGUGCCAAGCCCACCUGUGGUGUUUAUUGCCAAAAGGCUCUGUUUUGGUUUCAUCUAAACAUAGAACCUGGUUCAACAAUCAAGACACUUUUUUUCAUAGCCUUCUUUGUUCAUAUUUACCAAGGGUGCCAAUAUUAGUAGACUGUAUCUGCAUGUGGAAUGCAAGUUGGUGUCAACAAGAGAUUAUUUGAUACAUAACAAAUUUUAUUAAAUUGAAAACUGAAUUGCAAAAUGUAGGCUAAAGUAGCCAAGUUAUAUCUAUAGCUGAGUUUGCAUUUUUUUUCCCCCCAACAGGGUUAUUUGUGAAUAUAUAUGAUUUGGAAAUAUUCUCCUACAGAGCUAUAGUCAUAGCUCAGCUAGUUUAGCCUGAAUUGGAUUUCGAUUCUCUACAUUUCAUAGUUUAGUUUAGCCCUGAAAGUAUUCUAAUGAUCUAAGUGUGUUUCUGGUACAUGGCAUGCACGAUCUCAAAUUUUGCAUUCCACUUUCCGUAUGUUCCAGCCCUGUGCUGAAUAACCAGCUUUAUGAUGCACAUCCAUUUUCACUUACCAUAGUGUAGAUGUUCUGAGGCAGUUCCUGCUAGUAUAAAUACCUGAGAUUUGUGGUAUCUGCAUGAGGACAUAAUGUACGUCUUCAACUGGGACUUUUUCCGGUCGUACUGUGAGGGGGAAAAAGUAUUUAGUCCUCAGCUGAUUUUGAACGUUUGUCCACUGACAGAGAAAUAAUAAGUCUAUAAUUUUAAUGUUAGGUGUAUUUUUUUUCAAAUUUGAAAUUUUCAUUUGUUUUUGAAAACAUAUAAAUAGGCAACAUUAAAAAUCAAUUACAUAUCACAUGCAUUAUUUGAAGUUAAAGUGCUUGUUUAUACACGAAAUACAUAACACAAUUCAUGUAGUGUUGUUGUACAUACUUAAAUGACUAUAAUUCUAUUAUAGAAAUUUAACAUGAAUUGAAAGCUUAUAUUCUUCAGAAAGAAAUAAACAAAGUUGCAUAGAAAACAUAUAAGACAAACAUAAUAUUACAUUAUGCGAAAGGUACAAAUAUUUGUAUUUUUGUACCUCCAUUUUUUUUUUUAAUUCUAUCUCACUGUUAAAAUACACCUACCAUUAAAAUUAAAGCUUAUCAUUUCUUUGUUAGUGGGCAAACAUUCAAAAUCAGCAGGGGAUCAAAUACUUUUUUCCCUUCACUGGAAUCCUGAAUGCUUUUUCAUGUAUACUUUAAUCAGGGGUGCAAUUUCAGCACCAUUACCACUGCAGAUAAAGGUAGUGUUUAUGGUGCUGUGAUUCUUUCAGGAUGUGUGUGUUCAGGCUUGCUAUUUUUGGAGUAUACAGAUAUUUGCAUAACAUAAUUAGCAGUGAUCUGGUGUGAAUUAUUAUUAUUUUUUUUUCCUCCCCACUCACUUGAUUAGACUUAAUCACAUGUCUUGUCACCUUGCACAUUGGUCCAGUUUACAGGGAAUCAGUUUUUCAUAUCACUAUAAUCAGCUAGUUCUUUGGAAUAAAUAACUUUGGUAAUUCUUAUUUUCAAUUACAGCUCAUGUGUCACUUCUUUGCGACAAAUUAAUAAGAUCAUCGAUCAGCUCACACCACAAGCUGCCACCUGCAAAGAAAUCGGUCGUAAGCUUGACUCUGUGAAAAGACAGAAACAUAACAAGGUCAGUCGCCCUAGUCACUGUGUUUGUUGUCUUUCUGUUUAUCUCAGAACUCAUGUAGCAUGUGUCAUGCCAAGGGUGCAUAAUUCAUUGUUGCACUAUAGAAUAUUACCAUUUAAUGGAAUUUAUGUAUUGCACAUAUGAAUUGGCCACAUGGCAGAGGUCAGAUGACAGAACGGGUAAUGUAAAUUGCUUAAGAAUGUGAAAGGGGGCAGAUGGUUUACCAUAUAGAUUGAUCAUUUGAUUAAUCGAAGGCUCUGGAAGAUGUGAGAAGUCACACAUAAGUGGCCUGGAAGUAUGGUUUAAAUAUAAACUAACUCUCUAAAUUGCUAUAUGUCUUGAUUCCCUCUUAGAUAAUGGGGGUCCUUUGAUUUGUUAAUGACCAUUAGCCUUGUGUUCCAGUAUCAUAUCCAAAAUAAACAUUAUCUCUUUUAUAGGCUUUAGUGGAUCCCUAUUUAUUUACAGUUUUUUGAGCUGCCUUAUGCCAGUCCUACUCCCUCACUCCUGUGUAACACAUUAGGUGUACCAGAUCCAACUAUCUCUAUUAAUUAUUACCCACAGAUUAAUAAGUAAGCCUCAUUUUAUUAUAUUUUGGGACAAGCACAAUCUUCUAAUCAAGCCCAAACAUGAUUUGCGUAACUUUACCAUAGGGGAAGGGAUUGGGAUGUCCGCUAUAUUGGGUCACAAGUAAGGAGUGUGGAAUAUCUAUGGAAUGGGAAAAUGGUAACAUUCAUAGAGGAAAUUAUUUCUGUGGCAAGUACAUAAGAGGAGAUAGAACAACAGGGGGUGGUCAUUUAUAGUUACAAAGCUUUCCCAUUGGAUUGGCUGAGAUUGUUAGUUAUGAGGCACUGAAUGUAGCACUGCAUCAGAAAGCACCUCUGGUAGCCAUCUGAGGAGUGGCCACAGGAGGUGUCCCUAGGCUUGAAUGUAAACACUGCCUUUUCUCUUUUAUCAGCUGAGUAAUCUCCUUAGUAGAAAAACUAGUCAAAUAUUUAGUUCACAUGUUUACUUACAAUAUAAAGUAUGCAUGUUGGUGCAUAUCUUGCUGUUUUUAUAUAUUUUCUAUUAUUUCAGGAGCAGCAGCUCAAGAAAAUUAAAGCAAAGCAAAGACGCCUUAGAGCAAUUUUGGGGGGCAGCCAGCAGGAUAUCGAUCAUGAAGAAGGACUUGAAGGAGAACCAGAGGAUGGUGAGUUUGCGACGGGAUGCAUCUGCUUUAAUGAUCAGCACCACUGUCUGCUUCUUUCUGAGUAUAUCCUGGGGUUCAGAUGUUCUUGCCAAACCCAAUGGCAUAAAUUACAAAUAUGGUAUGUUAGACCGUCACAAAAACUGUGCAAUACCUGGAGAGAAUAAUUAUAGAAGGAAAGACGAAAAAAACUGAAUGAGAUGGAGGGGAAAGGAACCAAUCUGUGGUGUAUAUCAGUGGCAAGUAGAACAUUCAAGCAUCAGUUUGGACAAUAUUUAUACCAUGGUACCCAGUCAUGAGAGUCAUACAUAUUUAGUAUAAAUUAAUGCUAUAUUUUAAUUGUACUCUGAUGUUCAAUUUACAAUUAAUUUUAUUUUUUAAAAUUUUUAUGUUUAAGCUGUAUUAGAUUUAAAGUUGAAGUUGGUUUUUUUUUGUGUUUUUUUCUAGCUUCUGUGACAUGUCAACAGUUUGUACAGUAUAAUCACCAAAAACUGUUAUAUGUAAUUAUCACAUUUGUUUUCCAGAUGUACCAACUACCUCUUUGGGAAGUAUGUUGAUGCCAUCUCAAGAGUCUGAAUGGGAAGAAUUGAUUCGUACUGGACAGAUGACACCAUUUGGCACCAAGAUCCCUCCAAAAGAAGAGCGCAAGCCUCGAAAGCUGAUGUUGAAUGAAUCGUCAGACUUUGAAAAAUACCUUGCAGAUCAGGCAGAGAUGGCAGCCCAAAGGAAGCGUCCAAUGACUCCUAAAAAAAAGAAGGAUCCUGUUAUCUGUAAAAGCACGUUAGAAAUGUCAGUAGGGAAGAAGAAAGUUGCAUCACCACCAGCAGAUAAAAGGUUACAAAAAAGAAUGAGAAAGCUGCAAAAGAAUGCCUUCCAUACCCAGUUUCGGGCAGGAAUUCCAUGCAAAAAGUCCUUUCCCCCUCCUAAAGAUGGCAACCAAGGAGAUGAGAGUGAGGGAUCUGUAUACACUCCUGAGGAGAGAGAGGAGAGCAUGGAGGAGGAUUGGCUUCCUGAUGGGCCAGAAUCUGACUACGAGCUGAAACCAUUGGUGCCGAAAGCAGGGGUAAAACGGCCAAGAAAUAAGGGCGUGGACCCAGAGUUCCUUCCAAGCUCUGAAGAAGAUGAGGAAGAAGGAAUCUCAAACUCAGGGAAAAAAAGACUUUACAGAGACGAUGGCAAUGUCAAAUUGUUCAAACAACGAUUGAGGUAAGCAUCGUGUUGGUGUUUUGUGUUGUUAUGGAAUUCUAUUGAGGCUUAUAUAUGUUAGGAAAACAUAGUUUUUAGUGUUUUUGCACCUAUUAUCUUUGAUUUAAGACUCAUUUUUGAUAGUUAUGAACAUAUACACUUAGCAGGCUUAUUGUCUUUGUGCUGGACUUUGAAGGACAUUCAUAAACUGUUUAAACAAGACAUCCCUUGUCAUAAUGAUGCUGUAUGUCAUACAUUGGUUUGUUCUUUUUAUUGUUAACAUUCAUUUUAACAAUAGUGAAAAGGCAUAGAAUCAGAAUGUAGUAAACACUGUUUAUAUUCUUGUCUGCAUCUAACUGCUACUCAAACACACCGUUUCCUUUUCACAACCAGUCUUCCUACAUCCACCCCUGAAGACUUUUUUCCAAAUGGAAAAUAGCUUUUCUUAGUCUCCUUACUUUACUGGUUUGAAUGCUUUUUCUCAAUUUUCAUUGCAUAGUUUCAAAUCAAAAUAGCUGGAGUCAUUGCAGAUUCACAACAUGAAUUAUGCAAUCUAAUUUAAUUAUGUGUCAUGUAGUUAUGCCAAACCUUACCUUUGAUAACAUGUUGGAGCUUUCCACUGUAUGUAAUUACUUUUACUGCAAAAUGCAUUCUGGGACAUCAACAAAAUACACAGCCAGUGUGUUGCGAAAGCGCCUCAUACUUCCCCUUUUGUAGAGUAGUGCUAAUUGGAACUUGAAUGGCAUUGCGGUGAAAGCAGGGAUAAGAAUUGGUUCUUUACAUUGUAAUGUAUUUGUCAGUAGGAUAGGUAGUAUGUUUUAUAGUGGCAGGUCAAUGGUAUUAUGGUUACAUGAAAAGCGCCCAAAUGCCUCUAGUGAAAUACUGUGGAGCGUCCUGUUUCCAUAGAUACACUUUGUGUAGGAGUAGUUAAAAUUGGUAAGCUACUGUAAAACUCCAUGUGAAAAACUGGUGCAGUAAACAUUGGGAGCUAUAAUGGAUAUAUCUCAUGUCUGUCCCAUAAAAUUAGUAAAAACCUUUGAUCCGUGUGCUCUGAGAAGGUACAGGAACUUACCAAAGCUGUGUAAAAUAGCUACAACCACAGACAUAUUCAGCUCAGUUAGAGUUGUAGCUAUCUAGACCCAGUUAAACAAGGGUCCAUGUCAUAACUACCUAUUAGAUUUUGGUAGAUCCUAAGAUUAUGUAACUAAGCUAAAAAAGAACCGUGGUAUUACAAAGGGUAUUUUUCCACCUCAGAUUUGUACAAUCAUACGAACUGCCGCAAUAUAUUGUCUUUGUAAGAACACAUUACAAUGACACUCUAAGCACCAAAGUGAGUACAGCUUAAUGUAGUGGUCUUGGUGCCUAUGUGCUCUCCCUGCAGGCUGACAAAUGUCAUGAGCAUUUUAGAGAAACAGCAAGGUUUAUGUUUUUAGUCAGUAUGCCUCUAGUGGCUGUAAAUCAGACAGCUACAGGUACUUUAAAGUGAAACCUUUAAAUAAUGAAGCAGAACACAGUUAAAUGGACACUAAAGACACCCAGCCCACUUCAGCUCAUUUAAUAAACUGCAAUAAUUACCAGACAGCCAUUAGAGGGACUUCUGGGUCUUUAGGCGGCUUUUGGUCACCUAAAUGAUGCUGUAUGUCCUCAAGCUAUGCAUUUCCUGGCACUAUAGUUUCCAUUUAAGUCUUCCCAUAGAGGACCAUUAUAAUGCUUCUCUAUAAUGACCGCUGAAUAAGGAGAAUCGGUGGCAAGACCAGAAUACCACUAGAUGAGUAGUUUAACGUAUGACAAUUAAAUAAAUAUAAUUUUAUAACAUUACAGUGUUUCUUUAUAUGGAUCUGUGCUCAGAUUUAUGGUAACUGGAGGAAAAGGAAAUACCUCUAAAAGUGUAUUUAUAAGACCGUUUCCAGGCACAUCUCUUGUCCUCCAGGGGUGCAUAUGGGUGGGUUGUCGAAAUCAGUUGUAUGACGCUUGGUUGUUUUGAAGUUUAGGUAUUUGAUAGAUUUGUUCCCUAAAUGUUUUGAUCAUUGCUAUCUGUAUUCUCCUUACACCAGGCAUUGGCAAAAACAGCGUACCAAGGAGAUGGAACAGCGGGCUGCAGACAAUGAGUCAGAAGACAGUGAUGUGGAGUUUGAUGAAGGUUUCAGAGUUCCUGGUGACCUCUGGAAGAAGUUGUACAAGUACUGCUCUCUGUAUUUUCCUUAAACAACAAAAAGAAAACCUAUAAUGCCACAUUUGUAUCAAGAUACAUAAGUAAUUGAAGUUCUCUGGCUGCCUCUUUUACAGAUAUUACAAGGCCCAUUGUAACGCUGUCGCACCAUAACCUGCUUCAUCUUGAAAGCUGUCUUUUCAUAAUUCCAUGUUUGUUUUUUCUUUACCUAUAUACUUUAAUUUAUUCAUAGUUUUUAAAUAAUUUUAAAUAGUUUCUGAUGUUGUACCAUUUCAUGCAGUGUAUCUGAAUUGUCUGACCAUUGUCACUGAUUCUUCUUUUUCUUUAUUUUCAACUCUGUUGCAUACUGUACUUCAUUCCUGUCCUUUUUCUUCUCUCCUACAGGUACCAGCAAACAGGUGUUCGGUGGCUCUGGGAGCUGCAUUGCCAGCAGGCAGGGGGCAUUCUGGGAGAUGAGAUGGGAUUGGGUAAAACCAUCCAGAUAAUUGCCUUUCUGGCAGGGUUGAGCUACAGCCGGAUGAGGACGCGGGGCUCUGAUUACAGGCAAGUGGCUGCUCUGUCGACUGCCAGUCUGAGCCACCCAUGAAUAUUUCAUCAGCCUGAUUACAGGGAGGGGGCGUGCCUGCUGAAUUAUUCACCACAUUUCAAUUAGAUAGUUUCUUUAAUUCAUUUAGUGAAAGGGGGGUUGGUGCUUUAAAGUCAGUUUGUGACAGAGAGGGGAGCUGCAGGGCAAGGGAAAUUAAAGAGCUAACACUUGUAAUGAAUUCUUGGCUUGUGCAUCUGUGUCUGCGAUUCACCAUGCAUCUUCUCUCUGACUGGCUGAUACUAAGCCACAAUCUUAACAUGCAAGAAUUAUGGCACUGUCCUGCGCAGAGACCUCCCUAUUCCCUGAGUAGGUCUCUGAACAUAACAAGAGACAGUGUUUUAUCUAUUUCAAAGCAUAGAGAUCAUAUAUUUAAAGGGACACGUAGAAACAGAGCAGUGGAUGUGUUUGACAAAUUGGAAACAAAUGAGGCUUAUUUACUAAACAUGAGAAUUAACAAGGGAUUUACAAAUUCAAGUAUUUGAAGUGGAACAUGUUUCCAUUGUGUCAAUAUUUGCUUAAAAUAUACAAUUUCUUUGUCAAAUUGUCUUAAUUUCCCAGUUUAAGCGGGCACUGUAGUCAUCAGAACCACUAAUGUAGUGAUUCUGGUGUCUACGGCAUGUCACUGCAGGCUUCAAAACGUCAAGUUUGAUGAUCUCAGCCAUGUAGGUUGGAGCCAGCCACUGCAGCAGUGCGGGGAAAAAGAUGAGUUUAACCCCUUAAGGACAUAUGACGGAAAUAUUCCGUCAUGAUUCCCUUUUAUUCCAGAAGUUGUGUCCUUAAGGGGUUAAACACCAUGGGGUGUGGGGAGCUAAAAAGUUAGUGUCAGGAAUACAUGUUUGUGUUACUGACACUAGUGUUCCUUUGACAAAAAACUUCACACAGUUUAUAUCAAUACAAGUUGUGUGGUGAAUUGUAUGUAUGGUUAUUGUCCUCUGUGUAAAACUAUGGCCAUUGGUGGCCAGUUCUUCUUUAUAGUUGGUAAAUGAUCUUAUCUCUUUGUGCACAACCUUUUUAGAGAAAAGGCCACCAACUCUUUAUAUGAAAAGUUCGCAGUGAAUCAUUUUUUUUUUUUUUGAGUGUGUGUAUGUGACAUUGGGGGUUAUAAAUGGCCAUAUUAUAUAUACAUAAAUUGAUUAGCAACAAUAAAUAGGGUAGCCAUAGGGAAAUGUCCCACUUUGUGUUUAGCUCAGGUACUACACGUGCGUAUGUUUCCUAGUGUUCUGGAGUUACAUGGCCUGAUUUGGCAUGUGGAUUAUGUUUCAAACCUCCAUUAGUAUCUUUCUUUAGAUUAUCACCACAAGGAAUUUAUUUAGCAAAAUGUAGACUAUCCAAGAUAGUUUUAAAGGUCUUGAUACUUUCCAAGCAUCAAUUUUGGAUAUCCGUAUUGGUAAAGAAAAAUGUUUUAGAUACAAUGGUCAGCAUUCACGUAUGCGCAGGAGUAUAAGUGUUAUUUUCCAGCUAAAGGUGCUAGUUUUAUUGACCUUGAAUGUUAAUAGACGACCGUGCUGGGAAUGUAAUCUGUGACCUUGAGGUCUUCUCUAAAAGGGACACUAUAGGCACCUAGACCACUUCAGCUCAUUUGAAGUGGUCUGGGUGUAGUGCCCCUGUAAGUUUAACCCUGCAAUUGUAAUUAUUGCCGUUAUUGAUCAUUUGAAAUAAUUACAUUGCAGGAUUAACUCCACCUCUAGUGACUAUCUACCAGACAGCCACUAGUGGCGCUUCUGAGUCGUUAGGUGUCAUGUGGUUCUGGAUGAGGACAUCCAGCAUCCGCUAAAACACCAUAGGAAUUGAUUAAAUGCGCCUAUAGGGUAUGUCCAAUCUCUGCGCAUGAGCAUUAGGUCCCCGACGUCGAGGGGAGGAGAAGUUGAGGCGGAAAAUGACCCAGCGUGGAGGGAGAUCUUCGCUGGAUUCAGGUAAGGGACAAAAGGUGUUUUUGGGGUUUUUUUUUAACCCUUGCUUCACGAAGUUUGGGGGGGGGGGCGCACAUACACGAAUGAGGUGGGCACUAUAGGAUACUAUAAUGCUAUGAAUACAACCGGUAUCUGCGGCAUCAGAGAUGUUAAAUUAAUAAAUUAAUUAAAUUCAUUUUAUUUGAUUGUAUUAUCAUGGUGUUAUGAAGCAGUGGGGCAAAUGUCAUCCUCAGGUUCAAAUUCUGAAGAAGGAUAUGGUGGUAAAUGGUUUUAAAUAAAAGGGAGUCAGGUCGUCUAAAACUGGCAGUUUGGUGGUUAAUAAAGUUAAAACUUUUAAAAGGUUUAUGUUGUGUUUAUUGUUAUGAAAAUGAUGGCUGUAUGCCCGUUAAGCUUUGAGCCACCAGAGCCAAGCCUAUUGAAAGUAAAUUUACUUUGUCUUCUGUUUGUGUGGGCUAAUUUUAUUUAUACAAAUAUGGCCUACCAUCGAUAUAGAAUUCCUGAUUAUCUGCUCUACUAGUCCCCUAGACACCCCAUAUAGAUGGAACCACAGUAUGAUUUACAUUGACUAAAUCAAGUAAGCAUUUUACCAAGCAUACAUUUAAUUGUAUGGCUUUUUAAAACUGUAACUAGCAGAUUUAUUCACUAAAAUAGGAAUUUACAAAGAAAUUGCACAUUUUAGGUCAAAAUAAACUAAAAUGUGUAAUUCUGUGGUCAAUUGAUAAUUUCUAGAAGCAUCAGUAGGCUAAUUGGUGUUGGAGCCCGGGCAUAUCAAUUGGCAUAGUGGCUAAACCGCGUGUCAUUGUAAACUUGAAGUCAAUCUUUCCAUUUUGCAGAUUAUCGAAUAAACCGAUGUCCCUCUGUAGACGGGUUAGCCAAUAUGUCAUUGUGUACCUCUAAUCUAUGAUACUUGGGUUGUUGUUAAUUAUUUGUGGCCUGUAGACAUUAGAUAGUGUGAUGGCUUCAGAGACCUAAUAGAUUUUCCAUUAUGAGAAAAGCUUUGAGUUGGGUGUUGAGGAAACUCAAAUCAGAUUGUCAGCUCCUGUGGUCAGCAUUAUGGACAACAAGACAGGGCAGAGGGUGGCAGUCACCCACAGGAUUUUUGACUAUUCAUCCAAUACUAUUUCUAAUCUUUUGCAGGUAUCAAGGACUUGGGCCCUGUAUAAUUGUGUGCCCUGCUACUGUAAUGCACCAGUGGGUCAAAGAGUUCCAUGCUUGGUGGCCACAGUUCCGUGUUGCAGUGCUUCAUGAAACUGGAAGCUUCGCUGGCAAAAAGGUAAUUAUUCAGCAGACAAUCAGACUUUCUUUUGUACAACUGUCACCCCCAAAACUAUUUUAAUGUAUUUUCAUCAUGUUUUGAGAGAGAGAGAGAGAGAGAGAAAAACAAAGUAGGAUCGCACUCUCAGGGCUUUUUAAAAAUAAAACAUAUAUAUGUGUGUGUGUAUAUGUAUAUAUGUGUGUGUAUAUAUAUAUAUAUAUAUAUAUAUAUAUAUAUAUAUAUAUAUAUGUAUAUUUUAUUAAUUGAAGUAUGUAUAAAAAGAAAGCAAAACAUGAAAAGCUCAUCCCUACUUUUUAGUAUAUGACAGGAUCCUUCAGCCAUAUUCAUACACCUAGAUUGACAGUUGGCCUCUAUGGUCUUUCCUGCUUCAAUCCAUGCAGGGAAGACCAGAGAGACUAACCAGGGGUUUUGAAGCACUGUGUGACCCAAGUUGCAUAUGGCUUAAUGAUCCUGUCAUAUACUAAAGGUGGGAUGGUUUUUCUAAGUUAUUUUUCUUUUCAUAUACUUCAUUUUAAGAAUUAUACUUCCUUGCCAAACUUGAUGAAAGAAUUAUUGUAUUAAAAAUAGGUUUAGGGUGACAGUUGUCCUUUAAGAAAGCCAGCACUUUCUCUUUUUACAUUUUCUUUCUUUGGAGUAAUACGUCUGUGAUACGCUCUUGUAUGUAUUACAUUUUGUCGAUGUUCGUCUUUAGUUGGAUGCCACGAUACAUGCCCUGGUUUGCUCCUUGUUUAAUCGGUGAUGAAGGUGUAAUUAAGGGCAGUGUGUGUAAGGGUUCGUCUUGUGAAUCCUUGCAUUACUACACUGACAGACGGAUUUAUCUCUCCUGACUUCUCAGGAGCACAGAAUGCUCCCUUGGGUCCCAAAAGGAGCGAAGUGUUCUCUGCUGAAAAGCAGAGCCUGCUGCGUCAGGAUAAUUACUGGCGCAGGCCAAUUAAUCUAACGAGAAGAGAGACGGACGAGGCCUGUCUUACUGAUGUUUUACAGGAAGUCUGUGGAGAGAGGUUUAUUAAGGACCACUGUAUAGGAUUUUAUUAGCUAUACUCAUAAUGACAGUGUGCUAUAUAGGGCUUUUACAGAGUGGAAGGCUGAGGUGAUAUUCAUUACGAUUAUUUCUAGAACUGGCUUAACACCUCCAACGUCUGUGAAUGCAGAGGGUUUUUUUGUUUGUUUGUUCGUUUUAACCAAAAGAUCCUGAACAAUGACCACUAUGUAAGAUUGUUUACUCUUCUGUGCAAAUAUUAGGACGGUUAUUUUGUAAAAGACUGACCAGAUUUCUUCCUAUAGGGGGAGCACACUGAAAAAAAUAAUCUAACAAACCACCCUACAGCAAAAGAUACAUUUAAAUACAGUCUCUUGGGAAGUUUUGUAACCCUAGUCUGAAAUCUCUAGAAAAGUACAAUAUUUAUAGGUCUGCUGUACCUGUACUCUGACUAAACAGUAUCUGGAUAAUCAUUGCACUCAAUUAUUAACUGAUGUCAUGGGUCACUUUUUUGCUCCUGAAGUUGCCUGUCUUUUAAAUCCGCUUCUAAAACACAACCGUGCCUAUGUAUAUGACAUCACCUAUUGGGCACAUCUUACAGAACAUAGUGUUUCCUGUUGAAGGUGGUAGGAGAAAAGUGUUCCUGACAAAAUGGACAGGGAAAAGAGAUGUUUAUUUGUGCAUAUAUUUAUAAUUUGUACAUACUUGUGAAUGUUCUCAUUCAAACUGCAGGAUACAUCUCUAGACACAGCCAUUAGAGGCAGUAUUAGCAUUGCAAUGUUUAACUUUGCAGCACUAAGGGGGGCAGGGAGACUGCAUCCAGACUACUUCAAUGAGAUGAAGAGGUCUGGGUCCUUAGUAUCCAUUUAAAGCCUAUGUACAAGAAAAAUAAAGGGGAUACGAAGAUAAUAUCCCAAAUAAAGUACAGGUGAAACCACCAGGUAUUUAAAACAUAUAGGCCUAAGUGCAAUACAAAUAUCCUAAUCAUUAAUCAAAUCUGUGUCUAUGUGUAAUUUAGGUUUCAUUAUUAUAGGCCGCUGAAGUAAUAUUGUUUUAGUGUCUUAGACUAUGUUCAUUUAAAACAUGCCUACUUGUUGAAUUGUACCCUUCCCCACAUAUUAUGUACGAAAUAAAAUCCUAUUUCUAGAGAGAAAGUGUAAAUGAGUGGCUGAUGUUUGUCAUGUCAUUAUUUUGUGCAGUCACGAUUAAUUGGAGAGGUGGGAAAUAGUUCCGGUAUCCUCAUUACCUCUUAUUCAUACGUGCGCCUGAUGCAGGAGGAGCUGCAGAGGUACCACUGGCACUACAUCAUCUUGGACGAGGGACAUAAGAUUCGCAACCCAAAUGCAGCUGUGACAAUCGCAUGCAAACAGGUGAGUGUGCAAGAUAGUAAUGAUAAGCAUUUUGGUAAUUGUUGGUGAGUUAAACUUGCAUGCUUGAUACAGUCACUCACAGUAGAGUUGUGUAUCUGUGUGAUACUGGUAGGUUAGGUUAGUAUUAGGAUGGUGGGUUCUCUGUGUGUGAUAUCGGUGAUUGUGUUUGAUAGUGAUAGAAUACUUAGCAGUAUUUGGGAGUAUGUCUGUGAUGCUGAUUAGAAACGAUAGCAGUAUGGUUUUAAUAUGGAUAAACAGCUGCAUGUGUGAUGCUAAAAGAUGAGUGACAGUUCUGUGUCAUAUUUAUAAGCGGCUUGUGGUAGCUGUUUGUGUUUUGCUGAUAGGUGAGAGAUAGCUGUGUGCCAUACUACUAUGUGAGCAUUGGUGUGUAUAAACUAUAUCUCUGACAGUGUGUGAUAAUGAUAGGCGAGAGACCAUGAUCAUGUAAGAUAGUGAGAGAUUGUGAUCUGUGUCAUAUGGAUAGGGGAGAGAUAGCACAGAGUUAGGUCAAAUAUAAUGAUAGAAGAAUGCAAGUUGUGUAUAGCAAUUCAUAUAGGGGAGUCAUAGAUAUUCUAACAGGAAAUUGAUAGCUCUGUAUGUAAUGCUCAUUGGUAUUGUCAUUUUGUUAGGAGAGUAAUAGCUGACACUAUUAGGUAAUUGAUAGUGUAUAAUAAUGAUAGGUGAGCAAUGAGUUAAUUAUACGUUUCAAUGCACUGGUAGACAAGAAAAAGCAGUGUUUGUGCUGUCACUGUAUUUCUGUGAUGAAAAGCACAGUAAUUUUAAGCAGUUUCAGAUGCUUAAAAAACAAAACAAAAAACAGACUAUUCAAGGAUAUAUUAAUUAAAGCGACACUCUAGGCCAGGGAUAGGCAACCGUCGGCACUGCAGAUGUUUUGGACUACACCUCCCAUGAUGCUUUGCCUGCAUUAUGGCUGUUAGAGCAUUGUGGGAGAUGAAGUCCACAACAUCUGGCGUGCCAAAGGUUGUCUACCCCUGCUCUAGGCAUCAGAACCACUACAGCUUAUUGCAGUGGUUCUGUGGCAAAGAGACUGUUCCUACAGUGUAUAUACAGUCUUCCUGGUGCUGUUCUGGAAAGAAUGAAGGACCAAUGUUUUAAUGCAUAUCUGUGGGGAUUGUAAAUAAAGUAAUUGUAUCUCUAUGAGGAUAUGCUGAUUAGUGCAGUGAUUGCCACACAUGUGCACAAGCCUUCCCAAUGCUUCCAUAAGUAAUGAUGGAGCGACAGGCACUGCCAGAACAGCACACCAGGGGAUAGAAGGUGAAUUAAUCUUAUUUUUCGUUUAUGUAAAAGACUUUUUACUUUAGAAAAAAAUUUGCAUUCCAAUCGUUCUUAUUGAUUUGAGCAGAAAGCUGUGUGUUUGGUGCAUUUGUAAGAUGUUUGUGUGAUUACAUCUUGGCAUUAGCUGCCUUUAUUGUAAUCACAGAGAAGCUGGUUCUGUGUUUGUGUGAUUAUAGGUUGGUGAUAACUGUGUAGGUGUUUACAGGCAUGCUUUAUUUAUUAUAAACAAACAUUUUCUUUCACAUUCACUUAGUUCCGUACUCCUCAUCGUAUCAUCCUGUCUGGGUCCCCUAUGCAAAACAACCUACGGGAACUGUGGUCCUUGUUUGACUUUGUAUUCCCAGGAAAACUUGGCACUCUGCCUGUAUUCAUGGAGCAAUUCUCGGUCCCCAUCACUAUGGGCGGAUAUUCCAAUGCCUCACCAGUCCAGGUAUGUAUCCACUUUCACUUAGUAACUACAACUAGUAUGAUGCAUUUUUUCAUCAUGUAGGCACAAUAAACUAAUCUGCAUUCUAGAGAUAAUAAAAGAUACCCAAAACACCUGUAUGUUAUGAAGCUCAGAUGUCGGAUGACAUUGAUAAACACAGAUCUACACACCUGUCAAACCAUAAGACUUGCUUUUCCCACAGAAAUCUCACACUUGCAGUGAUGUUACUACACCCAUAAUCCCUUGUAGUAGUAACAUCACUGCAAAUUUGAGAUUUCUGAGGGAAAAGCAAGUCUUAUGGCUUGACUGGUGUGCAGAUCUCUGUUUAAUAAUGUAUUAGCUAUCCCCUGACUGACAGGUGGAAUAUAUUCUCCCACCAUAAAUUUCUUAAUUUGUGAUACAUUAUAUUCUAUAUAAAAACAAAUAUGAUCCAGCGCAUUCAUCCAUUCACUAAACAGCAAUUUCAAAGCUCACACAAUGUAAUAGGGUUUUGUUUUUGUUUUUUAAAGCUUGCACAAUGUAAGACCUGACCAUCCACCUCAAAACAUGAUUCAUCAGACAACCAUUUUGCAUUGCUCCAUAGUCCUGUUCUGAUACUUACCUUCUUUUUGAAGGCAUUUUGGUGGUGGACAGGAGUCAUUAUGAGCACUCUGACCGGUCUGCAGCUAGGCAGCCCUAUGUGCAGCAAACUGCGAUGCACUGUGUUCUGACACCUUUCUAUCAUGGCCAGAAUUACAUUUUUCAGCAAUUCGAGCUACAGUAGCUCUACUCUAAUUGGAGCCGACUGGCAAGCCUUUGUGCCUAUGAUCCUGAUGCUGGUUUACAGUUAGUUCUUCUUUAUACCACCUUUUGGUAGGUACUAACCAGUGCAUACCAGGAGCACAUCUGCAAGAAUUGCUGUUUUGGAGAUUCUCCCACCCCGUCGUUUAGCCAUGACUAUUUUGCCCUUAACAAAGUCAUUCAGAUUUUUUUGUUUGCCCAUUUUUCCUGCUUCCAACACAUGAAAUGAAGUUCUGGCUUUUCACUUGCUGCCUAAUAUAAUCUUACCUCUUGGCAGGUGCCAUUGUAACAAUAAAAUCAAUUUUAUUCACUUCACCUGUCAGUGGGUUUAAUGUUGUGGCUGAUCUGUUUAAGCUUCUCAUAAAACUUAAAUCAUUCAAGUAUUAAAUGUGUACUCUGUAAAAUACAGAAUAAUAUAAGAUCUAGAAAUUAUUAAUAAUAAUUCUAAAACACAGGUUUAAGUGGGAGAAUCCAAAAAUGAUGUAUUCCAGUGAAAGACAGAGUAGUCUAUUAGUUCAUUAUUUUAGGAAUACUAUUGAGAAAUAGGCAUUUGGAUCAUUAAUCAAACCAGGACAACUUGAACUGGAUUGGAGCUAUAUUAUGUAUACGACCUAGACCGAGCAUUCAAGAAUUUGCUCAUCAAAGGUGCACAUUUUUAUUUAUUUUCAUGCACUGUAAAAAUAUCGUAAGACUUGAUGCAGAUUGGUUUAUAUUUAUUUUAUUUUGUGGAUGGAAUAUCAUUUUGUAUAGUUUUUGAGGACAGAUAAGUUUGAGAGUUUGGAUGGCUUUCUAGUAUAUACUUGAAACCGCCAUGCUGUGGAUUUAAUAAAGUUAAGCUAAGUAAGUAAAACAUAUCAUGGUGGUACCAGUAUCUUCUUUUGUUUUUUUGUUUUUUUUAACUCCAAAGCAAUUUGUUUCCGUUUGUGGCAAGGUUUGUUCCAGUAAAGGAAAGCAAUACCUUUUCAAUGGGAAGUGGUGAGAGAAGCUUUAUACGUAUGUGAGGCAGAAUAUGUUUUUGUUGACAAUUGGUUGCAUUUAGAUUCAAGGGUAUUGUCACAGCAGAAUGGAUCAGAUCCCUGUCUAUCCAUGUGCCAUGAAAGGUUUGACAAUUUCAAGCUCAAAAGCUUAAGGAGAUUCACAUUUGGCUCUUCUAAUAUGUCUAAUGUGAGAAUCACCGGCUUGUCUGCAGAAAACUUGUCUUCCUAUCCUUUGAUCCACGGAUUAGCAAUAAAAGACUUUUUUUUUUUUUUUUUGAGCCUGAACCUAGGUGAGCAGACGUUAAAAGGAUGAUGCUUGGGGGCUUUGCAAAGCUCUAUAAAACAUUCAUGGCUGACAAGAAUUUCCUAAAAGAAUAGGGACCACAGUAACGGAAAAAGUGCUGAGCCUGACAGCUGUUGGCGGGAUUUGUAUUUGUAAUUAAUGUAAAAGGAAAAGAAUGCAGUUCACAGGGGCUGGACACACCGACAAUUAGUGGUAAUUAGCAGUAGCCUGGAGCAUGUUUAAACCACUCGCACUAUCGCUUUAUAACAUUAUACCAAUGAAGUAUCUCAUUGUUGUAAUAAAAAGAAAUGUAAAUUCAUCAUAGUUCUUUCAAUUUACACAGCUGUGUACCUUGAGCGUUAAUAAAAUAAUAUCCAUGUCUUUCAGGUAAAAACGGCAUACAAGUGCGCAUGUGUGCUACGUGACACCAUCAACCCCUAUCUCCUGCGACGUAUGAAGGCUGAUGUUAAGAUGAGCCUCUCCCUCCCAGACAAGAGCGAGCAGGUGACAGACCUGGUCUAGCAAUAAUUGCAGAGCUCUGCUUCUGCCGGGGAUCAUAUAAUCUUGCAUUAUACUGGAUUAUUUAUUACCUAAGAAAAGUCCAAAUUUAUUUUUGCUUUACCCAGAUUUUCUAUGAAAUAUUUCGCUCACUUGCAAGGUGCUCCUUUUUCGUUGUUAUCCUUAUUAAUCUUAAACGCGACCUAAAUUGUACUUGUAUAGUCUUCUAAUCAGUAUAGAAAUUAGAUGAGAUCAAACAGAAGCUUAUUACAUUUUCUUUUCGAUUGCUUGUAAUUAGACAACUUUCGUCUGUAUCGCCCUGCGAGGAAAAUUCAUUCACGUCAUAUUUUACUUCAUUCCUGAAAACAUGAAGAAGCUGGAAUUUAACCAGCACUGUUCCCAAAUUAAUACAUUGUGUUUGGGUUGGACAGAUAACUGUAGCGUUUUAGAUGCAAGGUGGGUAUAAAUCCUGGCGAAAGCAAUGUGAAAUAGAGCAAACAGUAACACAAAUAUACAAAACACAAGGCUCUUAGGAUUUGUCCACUUGCCUCAUUGAAAGCUGUAUAAAAGUCAUGCAGAGAAAGACCCAUACAAUAACAUGUAGGCAGAGGUUACAUUAUUAGUCAAAAGACCAGUAGAAUACUAGAGCACAAUAUAAACAGAAUAGAACUUGUCCUUUAAAAAAAAUGAGUUUGCAGCACUGAACUAUCUGACCUCAGUAGAGGUUUACUAGUGGACCUGUCAGAUUCUACAACCAUUCAUUUUAAUGAAUACAUUGGUUAAUGUUUUUGGAUUUUCAUGGUACAGCAUUAAACUAAAGAUUAAGUAGGUGUAGUAGUAGUAUGCGGAAAGAUGGAGAUGGUUUCUGCCCUUAGUGUUGAUUUUUCCUUUUUAUCUCUACAGGUUCUGUUUUGUCGUUUGACGGAUGAGCAGAGACAAGUGUACCAGUCCUUCAUCGACUCCAAGGAAGUCUACGGUAUACUGAAUGGAGACAUGCAGGUGAAGUGGCUGUCUAUGAGCUACAAAAGUGAAUUACAAUAUAAUAUUCUAGACGUGUGUAGUCGACUUUCAACCAAAUUUCAACUAGAGUGAAUGCAUUCUUUCUAGCAGUAAUAAACAUAAAAAGUAUGUUCGUAUAUAAUGGGAAUAUGUUAUUAGGGAAUAUCAUCAUCAUUUCUUCCCUUCUGAUAAGUAUCUAAGCUACAGCAACACAUAUUAUAUAUGGCUCCCUUCUGCCCAGUCUUCUCGAGCACAUACCCUGCCCACCACUACGGUACCAGGUGGAGGAUACCUCACAGGGGAACUAUGCUCUUAAGUAACUUCCCUUGCUGACACUACCACAUCCCCGUGAGGGAAAUGUCUGUUAACCAGCGUGUUAUAUAAUAUUGUUACACUCUAUUCUCACAAAAAAAAGUAUUCCGCAGGUCUCCCAAACCUUUUAUUCUGUCAUAUGUCAUAGUCUAUGUUUUACAUGUCAUUGUGCCGAAUGCCACCUUGCUUUUCUGUGGAAUGCCAAAAAUAAAUAAUUUUUUAAAAAUGUUCAUAAAUUACAUAGUAAAAAAAAUUUCAUAAUCGUAAAGACCUUCUAGAAUGAAGAGAAAUAUAUCAUUUUGUUGCUAUUAAGGUGGUGUCCGUGAUCAAACUGAAAAAGAGCCACAACUUGAGGAUCUAUUUUUGUAUUUUUUUUCUUUGUUAAACGUGUUGUUUUACCUGGUGAGUCUACUGCCGUAGAGCUUUUUCAUUGUCAUGCCAGCAUAUCAAAGGGUUAGGCUGACUGUUUGGAGAGUAUUCAAUCAUAUUAAUUAACAGAUAUUAUGUGACUUUGAAGUGGUAAAAAGCUCAUAUAUACAUGAGUUUAAGGCACUUUUUAUGCACAUGCCUAAAAAGAUUAAUAUUUUGUGGGAAUUAGUGUACCGUCCAUGAUUAUUCUGCUUGCAAUCAGCGUAGCUGUAAAGAGUUAAAAUUUCACAUGUUCUUCGACAUGCAGAUUAAUGUGGUUCCAUGUUGCAGUUCGCCUCAUCUCAUCAUUUUCUGUUCAUAAAAGGUAUUCCCUGGACUCAUCGCCUUGAGGAAAAUCUGUAAUCACCCAGAUCUGUUCUCAGGAGGGCCCAAGAUUCUGAAAGGAACCAGAGAAGAAGAUUUGGAAGAGCAUGAACAGUUUGGAUUUUGGAAGCGCUCUGGCAAAAUGAUAGUGGUGGAGUCACUUCUGAAGAUUUGGCAUCGCCAAGCACAUCGCGUUCUACUUUUCAGUCAGUCUCGGCAGGUAGGAAACCAAAGAGAAAUACAAAAAUGUGCAGCCCCUGACAUCUGCAUUAUUAAACAAACCCUUUAACAUUUAUUUCCCAGCAUGAAUUUCAUAUCCUAGAAAAAUAAGUUUUAUAAUAGGUCCUGGUUUUCUAUAUAUAUUUUUUAAAAAAUUGUUUUCUCAGAUGUUGCAGAUCCUUGAAGUGUUUUUAAUGCGUAAUGGCUAUUCCUACCUCAAGAUGGACGGUACCACAACCAUUGCAUCCCGACAACCUCUCAUUACAAAGUUUAACGAGGUACCAUGCAGUAACAUAGAAACUUUAGUGUCUUGUAAUUCAAGAAAACUAUCGAUAUAUAGUGUAAACACAUACCCCCGUGUGUAUAUAUACAUGCUUAUAACGCAUUGUUUUGAAUGUAUGUAUUGACAAGUGUAGAUACGCAGACAUGCUGUAGCAUCUUGCUGAAUUUUUAUUGUCAGCACGACCUUGUUUGUUACAGGACCCUUCGCUCUUUGUCUUCCUUCUCACCACCAGAGUCGGGGGCCUCGGUGUGAACUUGACUGGAGCUGACAGAGUCAUCAUAUAUGAUCCUGAUUGGAAUCCUAGCACUGACACUCAGGUGAGAGAAAUAUGGAAAACCAGCUAUGUCUAGACAUUAAGGGGUAUGUUUACAAUGGCAGAAAACACCAAUAAUAUUUUUUGGUAUCCAACUUGAACUAUAUACUCUUACUCCACCUUUUUCUAAUAUAUGCUCGCAUUGAAGAUACCAAAGUGUAACUGUGAAUUGUGACUUGAAAUUCUCAUAUUGUGUUGGUUUAUUUAUUGUAGUCCCAUUUUAUGUUAUAUGUCCUCUUUCACGUUAGUAUUGACAGAAACGUAUUGCUAUGUAGGUUUAUUAUGCAUUGUGUUGGUGGAGUCAGAAUAUUGUUCAGAGCAUUGGGCUGUUGUGUUGCAGGCUCGAGAGAGGGCCUGGAGGAUUGGACAGAAGAAGCAGGUGACUGUAUAUAGACUGUUAACUGCAGGAACCAUUGAAGAAAAGAUUUAUCACAGGUAGGGUCUAAAGUUAUCCAUGUCACUAACAUUGUGUGAAGUACCCGACAAUCACACACUAGCACUGCGUGUUGUUUCACUUGCCAUAUUGUAUAUUCACCAGUCUUUAAGUUUAUUACUUCCUAUUGUGUGACCUGAGAUUCCUCACUGCUGGAGAGUGCUUGAACACCUCUUCUAAUGUCUUCCAAUGGGGGGGGAGCUGCAUGAGGGUGUGAUAUCCUAUAUCCCUACAACUGCCCUCAGCAUGACACCACAUUAGAAAGUCACACAGAGAUCAUUGCAUACCUAAGAGACACAAACUUGGUUAUCCAUGACUCUACUGACACCAGUGAUGACAAGUGUGUAUUAUGAGCGCUUCCUGCUUAUUCUGGGUCCCUAUAAUCAAAGGAUAGCAUACACAGGUAUUGCAAUCUGGAAGCCUGGUCAAAUACAGAUACUGCAGUCCGCUAGGAAACAUUCCAGCGGGUUAGUCUUGGUCAGGAGAACAUUGAGAGUAUUGGUUAUGAGGCCAGGCAUAACUCCUACAGUGCUGAGCUAGCACACUAUUCGUACACUACUCUUUUGCCAACAGACAUACCAUUCCUAUUCAGCUAUUUCAGUCCUAAAAAGAAUGGUGAGAUGUUGCAGCCCACAACCCUGUAUGCUAGUGGCCCAGGAGGCAAUUGCUCCCCUUGCCAGCUCUCCCAUGCAUUGCAUCAAUACAAAAUUUACACUGACAAUCAUGCACAAAAACAAACCACACCUGUAAUGCUAACCAUAAUCUUACUUAAAGUAUACAGUUAUGUUUUUCAAUCCUCAGACAAAUCUUCAAGCAGUUCUUGACCAACCGUGUGCUGAAAGACCCAAAGCAACGGCGCUUCUUUAAAUCCAAUGACCUGUACGAGCUAUUCACCCUGAGCAGUCCAGAUGCCAACCAGGGCACAGAGACAAGUGCCAUAUUUGCAGGUCUGUGUUGCUGGGUAUCAUGAUAUAAAAAGCUGUUAAUGCCUCCAACCAUCUCUGAUAUUUUUCUCAGUUUAUCUCUAAGAAUGUACCUCUUUUUUGGCAUCAACAAAUUCCGUCUGUUUUGCUUUCUAGGAACUGGUUCUGAUGUUCGGAUCUCAAAGCAUUCUAGUAGAAAUACUUUGCCAAAUUCUGACCCAGAUCCUCGAGAAGACCCACCAAACUCUACUGGACGUGUCCUUUCACCUAGUGACCAACCAACAACUUCCAAUGGGAUUUUCUCUCACUGCCAAGACACUACUUCUAACGGUGCUUUUAAAAAAACUUGCAAGUCAGAAACAGACACCAUAGGGAAAAGCAAACAAGAUUCCCUGCCAGUCUUGCCUGAAAAUAGCCAUCGUAAACACAAAGAAAAGACGAAACACCGGGGCAAGGCAGGCAAAGUCAAAAAGAGACUAAAGGAUGCUAAGUUUGAUGGUGAGAGAAUAUCUCACCUGGUAAAACACAAGCCAUACCAGAAAGAGGAGAAUGAAUUUGCCGAUCGGCGAACAAAUGAUGAUUAUGUGUUGGCGAAGCUUUUCAAAAAGUCUGGUGAGUUAGGUUUUUCUUUUCAGGGUGACCCUGUUCACUAUAAAUAUCUUGGCCAAAUGGUGUGAGGGUAAUAACCUUUACUGGCCAACUAAGAUUAUUAAUAGUGCAAGCUUUUAAGACUAUUUGUGACUUCUUAAUGUAUUAACAAAAACGAGGUUAUCCCCCUUAAGUACAGCUGUAAAUAAGAUUAUGAAGAUAGCAAAUGAAAUACUCCAGAGUGUAAAAAAGAGGAGAAAGGUAGCUCCAUCAUUAUUCAGUCAAAUUUUAAAGGGAGCUAUUACUUCUCUGAAAAUGUCACCAGUGAAUAAAACCCUGAAAACCACCUACAACUUUUAUUUAAUGUAUAUAUAAAAAACUUGGUAAAUGACAUCACAAUCUAGUUCACACCAGUGCAUGGUUUCUCCUCCUCUCUGUAUGUUGAUUACAAGGUUCAGAAGGCAGAGCUUAUAACAAUUAUACAUACAUACAUACAAGUAGGCGGAGUGUAGUUGUUUCUUGGGUGGAUGGUACUAGAUGAUACAGAAAUAAAUAGCGAUGUAUACUGAAAAAGACAAAGGGGAUAGCCAAAUUGUAGUGCAAUAUUGUCAAAUACAGAUAUAUGGGUAAAGAAACAAUCUUUAGUCUUAUAUUCACAAGAAUCGAACCGGUAUAAUUAAGGUCAAUGUAUAGACUUGUGGGGAUCCCACUCCCUUUCUGUACUAAUCAAUAAGAUUAGUUUGGCAUGAUCUCCCUGAAGUAAACCCAUGUUGUCUCCGAUCUUGAAAUCCAUGUGUUUUUAGAUGUUCAUCAAUCCUACCCUUUAACAUAGUUUCCAUUACUUUCCCCACUACUGAAGUAAGGCUUACUGGCCUAUAGUUACCCAACUCCUCCCUAUUACCUUUCUUCAGAAUGGGCACAACAUUCGCUAAUGUUUAGUCUUCUGGGACUACUCCUGUUAACAAUGAUUGGUUAAAUAAAUCUGUUAAUGGUUUUGCUAGUACACCACUAAACUAUUUUAAUAACUUUGGGUGGAUUCCAUCAGGUCCCAUUGACUUAUUUGUCUUUACUUUUGACAGUUGAAAUAGAACUUCUUCCUCUGUAAACUCACACAUAACAAUGUACUAAUUUGUUCUUUUUCUUAACUGCAGUCCCUCUACUUCCUUUCUCAUUUAUGUAUCUAAAAAUGUUUUAUCCCCCUUUUUUACUGACUGUGCUGUUCUGUCUUCUGUGUGUGCUUUGGCGGCUCUUAUAACUUGCUUUGCCUCUUUCUGCCCAGUACCACAGUGGUUUAUUAUUUUUUCUGCUCUUCCUGACAAGCCUAAUGGAAUUUUCUGUUGCCUUUACCUUCAGUAAUGUGUGAUUUCUUCAUGGACACUAUAGGCACCCAGACCACAUCAUCUCAUUAAAGUGUCCACAGUGUCCCUGUUCCCUUAACCCUGCCUUGUAAAACAUUGCAGUUUUAUGGUGUUAAGACUGCCUCUAGUGGCAGUCCAGCAUGUUAAAAUGCUCAUUGGAAAGCCACUCCUUUCCUGUGGAAAAGGCCUAAUGCAUGCACAGUGUUCACCACACAUUCACAAUAGGUUCUUACCAUGGCUGAUGUCAGAGGAGCCUGACUCAGUGCCGAGGGACAUUGGCGCUGGAGUCUAGUAAGUUAUUAAGCACUUUACAGGGUGCAGGGCAGAGUUACACUAUAGUUUUAGGAAUACAAAGCUGUAUUCCUAACAUUAUAGUGUUCCUUUAACCAUGGCAUGUUAUGGGACAUAGAAAAAAGGGCUGCCCACUCAUAUGUACUCACACCUUAAAGGUGCAAAAACACACACCACAGCCAUUCAGUGUAAAACUCAAAAAGAAAAAUGUCAAAAAACCACUCCAGAUUUAUUGAGGUCUCCACAGCAUAUUAUGAAUGUUUGUUUUUGUUUCUUUUAGCAGAGCUCCAAUCAAGGCAUGUAACCGAUAUUACACUCCCACUUAUUACUUGGGAAUUUCAGAAUUUCUGACUGUCCUCAUCUUAUUCAAUAUUUUAGGAGUGCACAGUGUUAUGAAACAUGAUGUUAUUAUGGAUGCUUCUAAUCCGGACUUUGUGCUGGUGGAGGAGGAAGCAAGUCGAGUUGCCCAGGAGGCUCUUAGAACCUUAAAAAUCUCUCGUCAGCGUUGUCAUGCAGCUACCUCAGGAGUCCCAACAUGGACUGGAUCAAAUUCUAGAGCUACCUCGGGAAUCAAGUGAGAACAUAAAAACCUGUAGAGAGAGAAACCUUAAUGUUCUUUAGUCACAUUGGGAAAGAACUAGAGCCUCGGGGAAGAGGGGGGUAGCAUUGGCAGGAAAUCUAGAUUAUGUUUAUAAAAGAUGGCAGUAGUGCUACAGUUUUUUUCGAAUCCAGUCCUCAAUAGGGUUAAACUAGAUUUAAAUGAUCGUUGCGGCUUAAUUGAAGUGAAUAUGUCAUUUCUGGGCUAUCAGUAGCCAUGAGAACUGCAAUUGCCAACAUCUAUCACCGGAGUAAAGGAUGCUCCGUUAUGAUGAAGUGACACCGCAGACCUUCCUGCAGUGAGAUUUAAUUCUGAGGUAGCUAUAUUUUGAUCAUAUUUCACAUUCACCAUCUUGAAAAUGAGACACUGUGAAUUAAUAUUGGACUUUCCUCCACCAGCUUGUUAGUUAGUUAAUUUAAUUUCACAGUUUAUGUGAGCUUAUAUCUAUCUACCUUAUCUUAUAUGUAUAUGUUUUUUUUCCAAUUCAGUAUAGUGAAUUAAUUUUUUGUCUUUUGGUUUGCAGGAAAAGGUUUGGACAGAAAAAGAAUCCUUUGUUGCAGACACCUGAGGUUCCUGUCAAAUCACAACAAGACAAAUGCAAGGUAGUGAUAAUUUAGUCUCUUAACCGUAUUUACAUUUAUAGUCUGUAAACUGUCACAAAAUCUACAUUUGCAGGGGUUUCUAUCAUGAUUAAAGAAACACUCCAACAUUAAAAACACAAUAUUCGGUUUUAAAGAUUAGUGUUCCUUUUAUUGCUCUAAAUGCCAAACGUUGCCCUCCUUCCCCUUUCCAAGCAUAAAAUAAAGGUAACUUAUUUUCUCCAGAGGGAGUCCUCUGUCUAUGCUGCUCCACUCUACCUGGGAAAUUUUCAGUGAUAAGUCUCCUAUCCUCUCUGGCCAAAUUUGGUACAUGCGUGCAAUUGCUGAGAAUUUGCCAGUCACAUGCAGUGAUUACACAAUAGAAUGCCUCUUCUAGGAAAGCAUUAGACUAAAGCUUCUCUAUGGAAACUCUCACAACAAUCGUGCCGAUGGACACUUUUAUGAAUUGGUACAAAGUGAGCAUACACUUAGCUCCUAAAGCUGAAGUGUUUUAUGAGACUGGAGUGUCCCUGUAAUGCAGCUUUAAAUGUAUUAUAAAAUGUCCUGUUUUUGAUCAAAACGAAGUUCUGUGUGUAAUUCACUAAAGAUACUGACUUUUAUAUAUAUAUAUAUAUAUAUAUAUAUAUAUAUAUAUAUAUAUAUAUAUAUAUAUUUAUAUAUAUAUUUAUAUAAUAUAUAUGUGUGUGUGGUUUUUUUUAAUGAGCAGCAAAAAAUUACACAACCUAAAAGGAGCUAUUACAUGCGUGUUACCUUUGGUUUUAAAUGAUUUAUUUGCAAAGACGCAUUUAGGUGACAUGACUACUUUAGGGACCCUGGGGAGAGGGGUGCCAGUCGCCACAUAUCUCAACCUCUAUCAUAUUAGCCUGUUCAUUAAAUGUUAACAUACUACUUGUCACUAGUUUAAUCUCAAGCUAGCAUGAGAGUACAAAUAAUACGGGGAUCUUGGACCUGUGAAAUAAUAUGCCAUAAAUGUAAAAAAAAAAAGGUACCUGUUCCAUGGCUGAUUGGAAAUGGCAAGGUAUGGCACUAUUUUUUUUAGGUUUUUCAUAAAGAUUCUAUGGAGAGAUGAGAAGGUACACCUCAAACCUGAAGGACCUCAAAGUCAUACCAGUCAAGAGUGGCUCAAAAGUGCUAUAAAGUGCAACAUCUCAGCUCCUGAGAGUCUCUAAGCUAAUACACAUUACACACAGUGCAAUAUAUAUAGUGAUAAAAAAAGAUUGUGACUAUACAAAUAGAUUCACAUGUGUUUAACAUGCUGGACAAUUAACAGUCGUUCUUGGUGUCAUCCUAAUACAAUACAAAAUGCAAUUGAAAAUGUGUGUGUCUGUGUACACACUGUGUAUAUAUUCGAGAGAAAUUUCAUAAAGUCAUCGUGUGAAUCCUUUCCAUAAAAAAGUCUCUCCAUAAGCAUUUGCAGUGUGUACAUUGCUAUGGAUUUAUAUGGCACUGGUGGAAGGCUUUGUUGCAAUGUCACAAUAAGUUUUUGUACAUAAUUGUCACCCACCUGUACCUACCAAUGCUUGAUACUCAGGGUUAUUCAAUAAAGUGAAAAUUCAAGAUGAAUUCAAAGUAAAUUUAAGGUCAAAAUAGCUAAGAUGGAAUUAUUGGGGUGUGGGGGGGAGAGAUUGAAGGGGAAAAAAAACUGAAAAUGCCUUCAGUUCAUGUAUUUUGGCCUUAAAUUUGAAAAUCACUUUAGUAAAUAACCUUGACUGUCACUUUAGCGUCAAGAAGGAUUCAACUCCCCAAUCUUAUGGCAAAUACAGAUAGUGUGAAGUGGCAAACUUGAUGGACUUGAGUCUUUUUUUCAGCCAUACACUAGUAACAGACAAGACAAACUGAAAUGGAAAAUAGUGUAUGCUUGUAUUGUAGCUGGGAGCAAAAGUGUUGUUCGUGUUGCUGCCAUAUUCUCCCAUUGCUUUGCAAAAUUUAAGGCACAAAUAAAUUUUUGUGCAUAUCUCCUAUGCAUGGAUAUAAAAUUUACAUAGCAUUCAACAUAUAUUGUCCAAGAUGGUGCAAGGGAUAUCAGCCAUCAAUGACUGACAGCUGACAAAUGCUUAAGAAUUUAAAGACACCAUAAGCAACACAGAAAUCGCCAGGGCUUAACCAGUACCUAAACCCUGGCAAUUACAAAGGCUUGGGUUUUAGUUGCGAGGAGAGGCCCACCUUUUGUCCCACUGCUCAAAAUUAUUUUACUUUAACCAUCAAGACAAUACAUGAAAACUUUGCACCUUAACCACUUCAGCUCACUGUAGAGGUUAUGGUGUUUAGAUUGAGCCUUUAAAGGGACUUUACAGUCCCCAAAACAGCAAUAGCUUAAAGAAGCAAUUUUAUUGUAUAGAUCAUCCCUCCAAAGUGUUACUGCUCAAUUCACUGCCAUUCAGCAGUUAAAUCACUUUGUUUCUGUUUAUGCAGCCAUAGCCUCACCUCCCAUGGCUGUGACUGACACAGCUUGCAUGAAAAAAAUUGGUUUCACUUUCAAUCAGAUGUAACUUACUGUAAACGUGUUUAUUUCCUGUUCUCUGAGUUAUUUAACUCCUAAAUGGCAGAGAAUUGUGCAGUGAUACUGCAGGGACAUGAUCUAUAUAUCAAAACUGCUUCAUUAAGCUAAAGUUGUUUUGGUGACUAUAGUGUUCCUUUAAGAACCAGAGAGAUUGUACUUGAUAUUAAUCUUUUAUUUGUCUGCUUAAUUAAACUUUUCCUUUUUGCAGGAUGCCAAAGUCUUAAAGCAACAGGAUAGGACUGUAGAUGAUGCUUCUUUGCACUUUAGUGGAGAUCUCAGUACUGCAGAGUCCACGUCUGCCACCCUCUCUUCCUCAUCACUUCUUUCACGCAUGAAAAAAAGGAACAAUCUACUGCUCCCUGUCACAGAAGACCAAGAUACAGGAGCGAAUACAUCGCUGCCAGACCCCACUGAGCAUGACGAGCUGCUGACAGACAUGAGAAAUUUUAUUGCCUUCCAAGCAAGAGAGGAUGGGGAAGCUAGCACACAAGAGGUGUUACACGAGUUUGAGAACAAACUUUCCCAAAAACAAACGUGUGUCUUUCGAGAACUGUUACGUCAUCUCUGUACCUUCCACAGAAAGAGUGACAGUACAGGCGUUUGGAGACUGAAGCCUGAAUUCCGCUAGAAAUUCCUGAAAGGGACAAAAAAAGUUAGAGGUGCAAUACUUUAAAACCUUUUUAUACUGAUAGGUCAAUAGUGAGAAACUUCAAAGACAGAAGCUGGGUAGGUACCAACGCAGUUAAGUAAUAUUCACCACCCAUUGCAAGGAAAGAAUGUAUUCUUCCUAAACUGAUAGGGAAUCAUGGUUUUCUGUAGUGGCAGUAAGAGUAUAUAUAUAUAUAUAUAUAUAUAUAUAUAUAUAUGUGAAAAUGGGGCCAUUUAUUAAUGAUUUUAAAUCCGUGGACUGCUGCUAUCACUUGAGUUUAUCUGCUUAUCUGCAGUCUAAUGAAAAUUCAGAGAUGAUAUUGGUAGCAUUAACUGCAGAAAGGAGUAGGCAAUCUUUGACUUUCCCAACUAUAAAUGAAUUACAUAUCCCAUAAUACAAAUCUGUGUUUGCAAAGAAUCAUGGGAGAUGUAGUUUAGCAGUUGCUGAACAUCAGAUGCUGUUGAUAUCAACUGACCAUUCUUGUAUUAACUGCGUGUAAAUGAGUUGAGCGGUCAAAUCUACAUGUCUGUUCAAUUCAAAUGGUAAAUCUUUUUCUUCUGUUAUUUAUUUUUUUAUUUAUGUGUCCAGGACUAUGGCAUUUAACCCAUCCAAGACUACAUGCAUAUUAGAACUGUCACAAUCAAAAUGUUUUGCCUUACCCUUACAAAUUCCAGCAGCAAGGGAGGCUUUGAUUGGUUUUCCGAAGAACUUUAUGGAUAUACCAUUUUAAGUUAAGUUGUCUCUUAAUUUCUGACAAAAUCUCUUCUUAAAAAUGAACUUGUUUUGCAAAAAUCAGCUAAAUCAAUAACCGCAGACAAAAUAACCAAUACAUGAUUUAUCAUUAUAUAAAUAUGUAUAUUUGCUGUACCUGCUCAAUUGCUUCCAUUCCUGGGGGUUCUGUUGGUUGUUGCACUUUUGUAAAACCCACUUUUCAGUCCUCCUUGCUCUGUCUCCUUCUGCUCAACAAUUGGCCCUGCUUGAAGUUACUUCCACAAGCAGGGCAGUCCUACCCCAUGAUGCCUAAAUGCUGGCUUCAUGGUUAGGACAUCAAAGUCAGAACUCCAUUCCUUUAUUCCCGCUGCAAGCCCUUUUCACGCUUUGGUGGGGAUAUAGAUCUAGAUAGAUAGAUAGAAUGGAUUCUAUAUAUCUAUUCUAUAUAUAUAAAGAAUGGAUUGAUAUGUAGGAAGGGUCCAAACUUUAAAGAGCUUUAAACUAAAAUCUAUACAUUUACUGUAAUUUUGCCUGCACGAUGUAUAUAUGAAAUGUAAUGCUCCUUAAUUUAAAGGUAACUUGUGUGUACCAUGACAUGUACAUAUAAACAACAACAAAACUUUGGUCCCCUUUGAUAUAAAGAUGGUGCAAACACACCUUUUGAAGAUCUGUUUACAGCCUUGUGUAGAAUUUAACACCUCUGCUGUUCAUUUUAUUCUGCAUGAAUCCUUUGUUUUCCUUGUAAUUAGUGGUGUUUUUCCCUUUAAUGAGCCAAUAAACAUUAAAACUAACAGUCAGCUCUCAGCUAAUUAGACAGAGAGGCAGACUGGCUCACAUGUUCUGUGUGGCUCUGGCUGGAUCAACCAAAGUGCACUCAUUCAGACUGUCAGUUAUAUGCUUGCACAGAUCAACGCUUAUUCACAGCUUGCCUUGGCAAAUAGCAAACCUUGUCAGCCUAGACGCUUGGGAGUUACACUUCCUAUUACUGUUAUCCAUCAUCACUGAUCUAGGAUGUGAACAAGCAACAGUACAGGUUAUUUUAUGAGUGUGCAAAAGGAGCACUUUAAAAUCCUGGUGCUAUUCUAAAAUAUCAAGUUUGCUUUAAAAAAGUGGAGAUACCUUCGCUAAGUACCUUGAUACUGAGAAAAUACUGGGUUAUUCACUAAACUGUGAAAUGUCAUAAAUUCAAAUUGAUUUCCAUUGCCAAAAUAUUCUAACCGAAAACAUAUUAGGACAAUUUUUCCAGUUUAACUAUUCUUAAAAUUAGAAAUUCAGUAUGAAUUUAUUUUAAAUUCACCAUAUGUAUUUUUAUGAAUAACCAUGAUUGGAAUGACGAUUGCCUUUUUCACCCUUUAGGUAAUCUUAAAAUGCAAAAACGGUAUUUGAUAAUGAUAGUGGACAGAUAUGUGGAGAACUUGGGAUUAGACUGCGGAGUAGUUUUUAAAAAGUUUAUCAAUUUCUAGGGUUUCCAUUACUAGCCAGUGCACUGCCAAACACCUGAUUCAUGGAUUCCCAGGUGGGGUUGGGGGGGGAGGGAGCAAGAAACUGAUGAAAUCGUGCACAGUCACAUCUACCUCAAUUACAAUGCAAUACAGGAUAUUAUAGGAUCACAUUAUGUGAAUUCUGUAAUGCCUGGGUAAUUUUAUGCUUUUAUUAUUUUCUAACAAAACUAAAAAAAAAACCGAUGAAAACAUUGAAGGAGAGCAGAAUUGGUAGUUCCCUCUAACCAAUUGUAACAACUGCAUGUUUUAUGUUUCUGUUCUCGAAAAAAGCAAAAAUAAAAAUUUUAACGGUG